AUGUGAUGCGACACACUUCCGCACACUUCCAUAGCUUCACGUGUGUACGUGAGAUUUGUUUUCAAUAACCGUAAUUUUGUGAUUAAAUCCCCACUUACUCCACCUAACAGUAGGUAGUGCGAUAUAAGCGAGUUAGCAUAUAUGCUCGUUUUUUUAUAUAACAUUGUGAACACCUUAAGUGGGUCGAAUGUAACGACAGCAAACUGUUCAGCAUUAGUGUAAACCCGCCGCCAUGAAAGGUAAAUGGAAGCAGCGGGGGAACAAGAAAAAGAAGAAGGGCAGCGCCGUUUUGCAGAAGUACAUGGCGGCGGUGGGCAAUUUUGUCAAAAGCGAAAGCGGCCCGGAGCGACCUGAGGAUGACCACGCCGGCUUGGGGUCUGUCAAACGGAGAAGCCGGAAGGAGCUGCGCAAGGAGAAGCGCAAGCAAAAGAAAGCCAAGAUGAGGUGUCACUACCAAGGUAAAACUGCAAAUCUGCCCGGUGGUGAUGCUCAACGAGCAGCGGCACCUCGCAAACAGAAGGCGAAUGUUGGGAACAAGAAGGACGAAGUCAAAAACGUGCCAAAAACUCUUGUGAAGAAACCAGAAAAGCCCAAAGUGGCACCAAAGAAAACCAACAAAUUGCAAGAGUCAAGGAAGAAGGCACUUUUGGAGGCGAAUGAACAGGAGGACAGAGAAAUAAAGAAACUGGAGCGCUACUUAAAAUUAAACAAGAGAAAAAACAAGAAAAGCAUGCCACAGUCAUUUGUGGCAGAUGGACUGGAUUAUAUUUUGGGGGCGCUCGAUUCAGACACUUUGGCCAGCGCCAUCUACGACAGCGAUGACAACAUGGACCUGGCCAGGGAUAACUUCGAGCAGCUCGACGGGGACAACUCGGAUGAAGACGAAGAGGACUUGGUGGAUGAACGAGAAGGUAUAAAUGACGAUGUGGGAGAAGAAGAAGAAGAGGAGGAGGAUGAAGAAAUACCAAGCCAAGAAGAGGAGGCAAUGGAGGACGACAGUGAUAUAAAUGAUGACGAAGGAACAGAAGAGACUGCAGAGUCCAAUUCAAACACUGUCAGUUCCGCGACGGGCAAGUACGUUCCUCCAGGGAUGCGUGACGCUGGAGGCGACCAACACAAAGCUGAGCUGGAAAAACUCAGCAAGAAUGUGAAGGGCCUUGUCAACAGGCUGAGCGAGCCCAACAUGUCGUUCAUCAGCGGCCAGCUGGAGGCGCUCUACAUGAGCAGCAGCAGGAAGGACAUGAACGACACCCUGACGGAUGUGAUGCUGGCCGCCUGCGUCACGCCGGCGCUGAUGCCCGACCGGCUGCUGAUGGAGCACGUCCUCUUGGUCAGCGUCCUCCAUCACACUGUGGGCUUGGAGGUCGGAGCGCAUUUCCUGGAGACGGUCGUGCGCCGGUUCGACAACACAUACGAGCACUUGAGCGAGGACAAAGAGUGUGACAACCUGCUGGCCAUCGUGGCGCACCUCUACAACUUCCAAGUGGUGCACUCACUGCUCAUCUUUGACAUCCUGCGGCGCCUGGUGGCGGCGUUCGGCGAGAAGGACAUCGAGUUGGUGCUGUUCGUGCUGCGUAACGUCGGUUUCUCGCUGCGGAAGGACGACCCCCUGGCGCUCAAGGAACUCAUCGCUCAAGCGCAGCGCAAGGCGACUGACGUCGGGAAGAAGUUCCAGGAUCAAACCAGAGUGCGUUUCAUGUUGGAAACCAUGCUGGCAUUGAAGAACAACGACAUGCGUAAGAUUCCGGGCUACGAUCCCGAGCCUGUGGAGAAGCUGAAGAAGCUGCAGAGGACUCUGAUCCAACGCAGCGCGGCGGGCAGUGACAUGAAACUACGGGUGUCCCUGGACAACCUGCUGUCAGCUGAGCAGGUGGGCCGCUGGUGGAUUGUGGGCUCGUCGUGGAGCGGCGCGCCAAUGAUUAGUGAGCAAGAAGACAAAAGCGACUUUCAAGGACAAUUCACCGCCAAAGUUCUGGAACUGGCCCGAAAGCAGCGGAUGAACACGGACGUCCGAAGGAACAUCUUUUGUGUGCUGAUGACCAGUGAGGACUACAUGGAUGCGUUUCAGAAGCUGCUGAGGAUGGGGCUGAAAGACAAGCAGGAGCGGGAGAUCGUCCACGUGCUGAUGGACUGCUGCCUGCAGGAGAAAACCUUCAAUGGCUUCUACGCCGUGCUGGGAGAGAAGUUCUGCACUCACGACCGACGUUUCCAGAUGACCUUCCAGUUCAACCUGUGGGAUAAAUUCCGGGAGCUUUCCAAUCUUCCUGCCAGGAAUUUUAACAAUUUAAUCCAGCUCGUGACACGCCUCCUCCAGAACAAGUGCCUCUCGCUCUCACUACUCAAAGCAAUAGAGUUCGGAGAGCUCGACAAGCCCAAGGUGCGCUUCCUGCGCCAAGUCCUGACUCGGCUGCUCACCGACACAGAGCCCGAAGAUCUCGUCAGCAUCUUUGCCAGGAUUUCUGGAAUUCCCCAGCUGGGGAUGCUGCGCGAGGGCCUGAAACUUUUCAUCAGCCACUUUCUGCUGAAAAGCGCCGGGCCGCAGGACGCCGCGCUGGCGGAACGCGCUGGCAUCGCCACCAAGGCGAUGGAGGCCAAAGAGGCCAAAGUCAAACUCUAGUAGAAAAGGAAACAAACAGGAGCCUGGAACACUUUUUUUCCCCUCUUCCUGAUAUAAAUAUGAUCAAAAUGAUUCACCCAAUUUAUUUUUAAUGCCCCUUGUCCUCAUUAGGAUUGUUGGUGAGCUGGAAAUAAAAUAUUUCUGUAACAUGCGUCAUAAUAAAUGGAGAUACAUUUAUUUCUAGCUUCAUCUGUUCCACUGUAGGUAGAUCACCAAGCGAUGGGGUGUAUACAGUGGGAUCAAUGGGCUCACUGUCUGUGUGCCACACACAAUGAUCUUUGUGUGGCACUUUUUGGGCCCAGUCAGGAGUGACCCCGGGAUGAACUCUUGAGCCGUGGCCGCCAAAGCAAACACGGCCAGAAGAUAAGCCGGUGGUCCUUCGCUAAACUGCGUGUGACAAAAUGACAAAAGCAGUUUGAAGGGCAAGGCCUUUUACAUUAGUUGUGAAAGCCUGACAAAAAUAGCCAUAAAUGGAUCUUUGGACACGUUUUCCCAAUGAUUUUGUUUAAUUGGUGUUUGGAUUCUAAAAUUAAAUUGUUUCAUACGGUGUAUAUUGAAAGAAAUACAACAACAACAAAAACCACACACAACCCUGUUCAAAUGGCAAGUUUUUGUGAUGUAAAAUGUUUGAAUCAAGAAUAAUUGUUUUUAAACUGGACAAGCCAAAAGAAAAAGAAGAUGAUUCUAUUAAUAUGACCUACAACCUGGAAAAUUCAAGUUUUUGAGAGUUUUUGCACAAGUGCGCACACCCUCCUAUAACUGGGCAUGUGUUCAUAAUUAACCAGUUA